ACAGGCCGGGCUCCCCCAUACCCCGGGCGAGGCUCAGCUUCGCAUAUCGGACUUAUCCUUAUCCUUAUCCUUUAGAAUCAGUUGACGUUGUGAAGUACAGUGGAGUGUGAUAUCUUUAGCUCAGAUUGCACAGAGAGAUCACCACAAGCUCCAGGCAUGUCUCCACCGGAGCCAUUUUAUCCCCAACACGAGUGCAAGUUGCCCCUCUCGUCGACUUACUCCGAGACGACUUCAGAGGAUGAGCGUCCUCCGCCUGUUCCAGCAGGGACGGUCGAGGUGUCGAAAUCCACUCAGAAGAGGAAGAGGAAGAGAAUGAGGAGAAAUAGCACCUCCGAGCGCCAUCUCGUGGACAAGAGUUCAAGGCGGAGUGACGACGACGGCGUCCCGGCGGCUGCUGCGAUGAUGGUGAGGAAUUCGCUGAGGAAGCUGGGCUAUCAGCAGCAGCUGGACGGGUUCAAGAUGGUGGUUGAGACGCUCCAGCAGAUCCACAGAAAAUAUGUCGAUAGUGCUGAUAAGGUGUAGCAAGCGGUUGUAUCAACAUGUGUAACGUGUUAAACACGCUACAAACCAACCAUGUUUAUUUAGAUAAUGAUACGAUGUAUUUCGAUUUCAUAAUCUAAGUAGAUAUCUUGUAUAUAGACCAUAGCAAGUUUUAUUUUAGCGUCUAGAUGUUUUGGUUUUAUACCCCAGCAUCUCAAGAGUUGGACCAUGUAUGUUUUCUUGUUUCGAUUCUUUUAUAGUUUUACGAAUUUAUGCUGAAUAAAGGAGCU